AUGUCUUUGAUUGAUGAACCUGAAGAAGAUGAACAAGUGGUAGCUACGGAAGAAGAUCCAUUUAAUGUUGAAGAACAUUUGUUGUUCGAUACUGAAGUUUUGGAAACAGGGCCAACUGUGGAAGUUGAAGCUGAGCAUGUUGUGAAUGUUGAAGCUCAGAAAGGGAAAGAUAAAGUUAUUGAUGACAUUGAGGGAGAUGAUGUUGAUAAGAGCACAACAAGUUCCUCGAGUUCUUCAGAUGAAGAAGUCAAGAAUGUUGAAAAGAAAGUUGAUGAAGUGAUUACUAAAAACAAGAAAUUAGCUGCUGAAAACAAGAAAGUUGCAGAUCGUGAAAGAAUUCUAGAAAUGCGUGUGAAGAGGUUGGAGGGUGAUAACAAAGAGUUGUUGAAGAAGAUUGAUUAUGAUCAGUCAGAGAUAGAUAUCUUGAAGGUGAAAGUUGUUGAGCUUGAGGAAGAAAAAGCUCGGCGAGAUGAACAAAAUGAAUACUUCAAGUUAAAGAACAAAGAGCUUGAAGCAGCUAAAGCGUUCAGAGAUCAUGAAUUCUAUAUGCUGAAUAAAGUAGUCGAAAGUAUGCUCGGAACGUCUGUAGAACAAAAGUUUGAAGAGCUGCAAGUUGAAGAGCUCAGGGCAGAACGUCAAGCUAAAAUUGAUGAACAGAUGAAAGACAAAGGCAAAGGCAUUGGAAGUAGUUCUGCAGUGACUGAGAGAUCGAUUGUUCCCUCAAUGGUUGUUGAAAAUCCUGAACCUAUCUCUGCAAUAUCUGGUCUGUUUGAGGAUGAUACACCUAUGGACGAGUUAAUUGGUGAUAGUGAUGAGGAGGAUGACGAGGAAGAUGACAAUGAUGAGAAUGUAUUUUCUGCGAGCAGUCAUGGUUCUGACAACGAUGACGAUGAUGCUCAGGGUGGUAUAGGGUUGAAAGUUACUGAGGCUUCCACUGAAAAGACUGUUGAUGAUUUGAUGAACGAUUCAGUGAAUGAAGAAUCAGGGGGAGCUGAUAGACAGGGGGAGUCAGGUGAUGCACAGAAUGUUCAACAAGCUCAGAAGUUGAUUCUGAGAUUGGAUACUUAUCGUGAAGAAGGAGAGCAUUUCCAUACUUACACGUUGGAAGCAAUUAAAGAAAUGACUCGCAUGGUGAAUCCUGACUUUAAGUUCGAUUUUGAAGAAGAACUGAACGCCGAGUUUGAAGAAGAGUUGAAUGCCUUUGACAUCAAUCAACAGCCUGAGUACGAGUAUAGGUAUGUUGAAGAGGCUGACAUGUAUGAUAGAGUUGAAGUUGAAGAUUGGACUGAAGAUGAUGAGAGUGUUAGUGAAGAUACUUCACAGUUGCCAACACUGUUGGAAUUCUUUACAGAGGAGAAUCGUGAUGAACUAUGA